CAAGACUUUGAUUUGUUUUCAGUUGCAAAAUGUUCUGUUAUGAUGUGUACUUGGUUUCUUGUUUCACUGCAGGGGCAGUGGCCUUUACUCCAGAAGUGAUCACCUGGUACAUGCCCAAGCACAUAGACCCACUUUUCUCCUCUGAUGCCUUCACCAUGUUGGAGGUGUACAUGGGAAUUGAUGCUAAGAGGCUGGACACUGAGGAAAUGGCUGCCAGAAACUACUCGGUUUUAGUCACAGAGGCUCAUAUUAUUGUUGAAAUUCCGGUGGGGGCGGUUGGCGGCUAUUUCAAGAGCCAUAUUCAGGAUGACCAGUACUUUGUCACUUACACCAUUGAGCCCAUGCUUGAGUUGCUGUGGAUCGAGGAGGUCGCACACGAGGACACACGCUACAAAGUCCUCUUCCCUAUCACAACACCUCCGAUGGCCAGGCCUCCACAAGUUCGCAACUACACGCCCUUAGACACAGUUCCUGAGCAUGCAGUGUUUGUGCUUGAGUUGGGAACCUUCAACCUUGAUGUGGAGCUGCUGAACAUCACCUUUCCCACCAUGGUGCUAACUGUUGCAGAGUGCAACGCCAGAGGCUUCAAUGUUCAGGAGCAGAGAUCCCUGGACAACACCUUGAAGAGCUUCAGGAUGGAGGUGCCCUUCUCAGACCCGGUGGUCUUUAAGGAGAGAAGGGCGGAACAAGUUGUCACAACCUUCACUCUUCAGCUGAUCUACGGCCUGGUCGUCUUUCCAGAGUACGCUCCUUUCGCUCACUCUGCCGUUGUGGACGCUGUACUGCUGGACAUUGUGCCACCCUCAGUCACUGGCAACUGUGAUCAGGAGAACUUUCACAUCACUGUGGACUACAGGAACCAAGAUCCCUUUUUCGUGGUCUUGGUUGGCAAGAGGCUGCUUAACCAUGAGCUUGCGCAACAGUAUUUGACAGAGGGUGACACAGACUUCACCAUCACGUUGCCCUUCUCUUCGCCGGACGCAGUGUUUGAGUCGGUUCACCCGUCCUCUGUCAGGAGCAGACUGGAUGUGGCUCUGUUGAAUCCUUACAACAACAUGACCAUCAAACACUUUUCCCUGGCUUGCAGCUUCCUCAAAACGCUGACUGAGUGUUUCUCUAACGGAACGAUGACUGCGCUGGCGGUCAAGGUGGAGUCUGCUCCCAGUCUGAACCCCGGUCAGCUGACCCUGAGCGACCCCGCCUGUGGUCCCACCUACAGCGACGAUCGCUUCGCCUACUUCCACUUCACUGUCAACUCCUGUGGCACCACCAGGAAGUUUAUCAACAAUGUCAUGCUGUAUGAGAACGAAAUCUCCUUGCCAGAUGAACUUGAGCUGAAGCUGAAUGGCACGACGUCUUCAGAGGAGGAAUAUCAGUUAAAGGUUUCCUGCUACUAUGUGGUCAACAUCACUCGCACAUUGGUCUUCCUCACCAGGCCGCGUGACAACGAGCCUUUUGCCGAGACUGGGACUGGUCGACUAAUGGUCAGAAUGAGACUCGCUCAGGACGCCUCGUAUAACACGUUCCACCAGGAGGAGGACUAUCCAGUGGUGAGGUACCUGAGACAGCCUCUGCACUUUGAGGUGGAGCUGACCAGGUCCUCUGACCCCAAGAUAGCGCUGGUGCUUGACCACUGCUGGGCCACCCCCAAUGAGGACCGUGACUCCCGACCCCGGUGGAAUCUCAUCAUUAAUGGUUGUGAGAACCCGGAGGAUCCGUACCGUGUAGUCUUCCACCCGGUGGUAGCUGACGCCAGGGUCCACUUCCCCCCUCACGUCAAACGCUUUGAGGUCUAUAUGUUUUCCUUCGUCGAGGAUGCGGUUGAGCCGAGUGGCCAGGUCUUCGUCCAUUGUGAUGUGGUCAUCUGUGACGCCAGUAGUCCCUCUGGCGGCCCCUGUAGUGGACAAUGUGUGAAUCAGGACAACUUGAAAAGAGGUCAACGACAUGUCAAAGACCUCUUUGAGGAGCCUCAUUUCUAUGUUUCUUCUGGAUACAUUCUUUGGGUGUAAUGUCUUGUUCUAACAUGUCAAAUAAAGUGUUCUAUAUAACAA